CUCAGGGACACUUCAGCAGCAGCCUUCACCCCCCUCCUCCCCCUCCCUCCUCCUCCUCUCCGUGAGGCAGUCUGUUUGACCGCCUUUGCCCGCCGUGAAGAUUUUGAGGCCGUGACGUAUUUGCUAACGGGGACGCGCGAGUUUUCGCACCGGCGCUCCAUCUGCUCGCGAGGGCGACUAUUUGGGGAGACAGACGCGCCUCGCUCUCGAGCAGCUCUGGCCGUUUUUCUUUCCGUUAACACCCGCACUUGUCAUCAAGCUGAACCUUCCCACUGCUCAGCCCACCUCUGGCCACCGGGAGGGAAACAUAGCAGGAGUUUACUCUUUACCGUCACUUCAAGUUCUUUUGGACACGUUUUCCUACAUAAAAAAAGAGAGAUUUACGCACACACACAAAAAGAAGAUGCUGGAUCGUUGUAACCAAACUGUUCUGUCUCUGCUCUUUGGAUGCCUGGCUUGUCUUGUGAUGACCUCUGUCGUAAAUGCCGACGGUCGGGUUUUUGUGUUGGAAACGAGGAACUCCUCUGGCCCGCAGGGCUUCAGAGACGCUGAGCGAGCCUGUGCCUCACAAAACGCCCGCCUGGCAUCAGCAGAGGAGCUUCGCCAUGCUGUGGUUGAGUGCUUCUUCUCCCCCUGCACCCGGGGAUGGCUCUACGGAGGCACAGUGGGAACCACGGUGUGUAAUAUUGUGGGCAGUGCACUGAAAGCAGUGGAUGUGAGAACAGAGAACUCUACGGAGGACGCGGCAAACCUGAAUGCCUUCUGUAUCAAAGACAGAGGCGGGCCAUGUGGAGACCCUCCGUCUUUUCCCAACGCCCGUCUGCAGGGGCCCUCUGGGUUUGAGAUGGGCGAUGAGCUGCUGUACACGUGUGUGCCAGGUUAUGUGAUGCCCAGCGGACACAGUGCCUUCAGCCUGCUGUGCGACAGCUGUGGAGAGUGGUACGGACUGGUGCAGAUUUGUGUCAAAGAUGAGACUGAAAGUCACGUAGACUAUGAGGACAAGUUCCCAGAUUCCUACGAAGAGGAGGAGCACCAGAGCAAGAGACCAGAGGAGGCUCAUGGCGAAGUGUACGAGGAGGUGCAUGGAGCUGCAUACCCGGAGGGGGAGAGGAGUCAGGAGCAGCAAGAGACCAGCUUUGGUCUUGUGGAGCAUCAAGACCAGCGUGGAGAGGACAAAGUAGGGGGAGAAGUGAUUGGUGGAAAGUUUGAGGGAGAAAAAGAUGAAGAACGGGCUGUUGAAGACUUUGUAGGUCAUCCGAGGUGGGAGCAGGAGAGGAGGGAGGUGGUUAGGAUAAAUGCAGCUGCAGCCACAGAAGCACCCGUCUCUCUUCUCUCGCAGAAACACAUGUUCUGGUUCCCGUCUGAGGCCUUUCAGGAGGAGGGACAGCCUGUGUCCACAAACCCCGUCACACAGACUACACAGAGAGCCUCGGGCACCCAAUCAGAGGAGAGCAAAGAACACGAGAGCCAAGAGAGUCACCACCUCCAGCCUCCUGUCGAUAACACGGACCAUGAUCAUGAGCAAGAUAGCUACGAUGAUCAUGAUACAGAUGACCGAGAGGAUCCUGAUGAUAGCCGCCAUUACGAUCAAGAGGACCGUGACAGUCACCAGGACGAAGAUGGCCAUGAUGCUGAUGUGAAACAUUAUAUUCCUGCUCAGCAUGAUGAUCUGGACGGACGGGACCGCCAGGAAAAACACAACGAUGAUCACGAAGACCACAGUGACCACUAUGAUAUGGGUGAACAUGAAGAUGAACGGGUUCGCUACGGCAGCCAGGAGUACGACGAUCAGGAUGACACCUACGACGAUCACGAAAGCUAUGAGGAUCGCGAGGACGUCACUGACGAUCAUGGUGCCGUUGUUCCAGAGCAUCCCGAAGGCUCAAAGGAGCACGCCGACCACGACGACCACGAUGAUGGUGAGGAGCACUACGACCUGGGUGAGGACGAUAACGACAGCUACACCGAUCACGAUGAUCACGACCACGAUGCUCACGACCACGAUGCUCACGACCACGAUGCCCACGACCACGAUGCUCACGACCACGAUGAUCACGAUCACGAUGCCCACGACCACGAUGAUCACGACCACGACGCUCACGACCACGAUGCUCACGACCACGACGCCCACGACCACGACGCUCGUGACCACGAUGACCAUGACAGCUAUGACGAUCAUGAUAGCCAUGAAGAUGACGAUGAUGGUCAUCAGCGUGUGAUCUUGUCUAUAGCAACAGAUGUACGUAAGAAUGUCACGGAGAAGGGAGCAGGAGGAAAGGCAACCACAGACGAAACCUGGCUUGACGGCUACCCUGUCGUUCCAGAGGAAACAGAAAACGGCGACUCCACAACGGAAAGGGUGAGACUAGAGGAUAGAGCGAGGGGGACACUCGUCAGGACAACAGACAGACCCAAUGAGGUGGAAAUUCGUAGACCUGCCCCUUACACCAGUUUACCAGAGAAACAUGAGUCUCCCACCGUAAGGCCUGUAAAAGGGGGAGUGGAGGAGGUUUGGCCUGACUUCAUCCCCACCGCCGCUCCUUCCCCAGACCACCUAGAGCCCUCAGACUCACCCUCAACACAACAGGCAGCUCCCACCAACUCGUGGCAGGGAGACCUCACCGAGCACCCCUUCCUGGAUUAUGGCCCAGCUCCUCCGGUGCACGACGACGACGACAUUCUCACUGGAGACACGGAGGAGCACAGUGUGCACAACCUGCCCGGUGAGACUGGCGAGAGGGGGGAGGUGGAAGGGGAGAUGGGGGAGACAAUCUGCACGGGCGAUAACUGCCCUCCGAGCUCCUCUAGCCAAGGGCCCACGAUAACGGUCAUAAUUGUGGCGGUGUGCGCGGCCAUUGUGGCCGUCAUCUUGGGGGUGUGGUGUUACCGACGGCAGCAGCAGAAGAGCUCAAUGUAUGAGAUGAACGGGAAGGGCCAGAGUAACACCAGGCAGGGCCAACAGAUAGAGAUGCAGCAAAAGGUGUAAGAGAAGGGGUGAGGAAAGAAGGACACUGACAGAGGGCAGAGACAUUUGGGAGGGAUGGGACGAAAGCUCAGCCCUUCAUCUUACUAGAAACUUCUGCAUUGUUGAAGACUUUGGAUAGGUAUGAACAAAAGAGCCCUAUUUUAAACAGAAAAACAUCACCUGUGUAAUCCACUAAAUUUAGUCAAACAUUGAGAACUGACGCAACAAUAUGGUAGCAGUUCUUUGUCUCCUGCUCAACAAUUCUGAGGAACUCCACCCAUCUUUGUCAUACUGAUGAGUUAUUUUCAAAGCUCGAGCAUCCAGCUGGACGGAUGGAGGUGCUCUGUCGGGGCUGGACUCAGCUCCAGGAACUGAAAAAAAAGAGGUAGUAAGGAAAUGACCAUGUUUGGAAAACCACAAGAAGGCGUGCCUGCCAGAAUAAAUGAACUGAGAUGAAAUGAGACUUCAACCUCCGCCAAAGCUCUUAGACAUUGUGGUAAAGAAUCUCUGCGUUGCCUUGCUGUCAUUUUUGUUGACUUUAUUCAGUGCUCCGUUUGUUUUUCAAUGUGUACUGUUCUUGAUUUGUUGAUCUAAAUCUUCUUUUCUGUUUAUCAUUAGGAUUAUUUUUUUUUUUUUAAAUAAAAACUGUAUCCCACUUGUAACUCCACGAACAAGCAUGCUGAAGUUCGAAACACUUAGGGUUAUUGCAGCAGAUUUGGGCAGGUAGUCCCAAAUGAACGACCUGGCUUUUGUCAAACCAGCACGAAAGAAAGAAAACAAACUAGGAUGAUGGUGGUGACGAUGAUGAUGAUGAUGAUGAUGAUGAUGAUGAUGAUGAUGGUUAGACCCUAUGAGAGAGUCAAUGAAAGGAAAAAGAGGCCUGGGAAAGGUGUGAUGAUGUGGGGAAACAUUUGAAGGCGUUCCUGCGUCUGCUGGUGUUGACAGUCAGCUGGUGAGAAAUAUAAAGCGGGUGUCCAGACUGCAGAAUCUGUCCUGUGCAUGUGUGUGUGUGUGUGUGUGUGUGUGUGAGAGAUAGAAAAGGUGUGAGUGCGAGUGCAUGUGUCUCAGGUUCGUGCAAUCUGCUGCUCGGCGGUACGUCGUGUUUGAAGAAGCAGACUGGAGGCUGAGAUCAAACAUUGUGUUGCUGCCAUGGCAACAGAGUGAAACUACCCCGAAUGGUAUCGUUAAAAAGUUAGUAGUAGUUUUCUGAAAUAUUCUGACUGUUAAGUGUGUAGUUUCUUUUCAUGAAAUUUUGGGAAAGAUAUUUUUAAAUAAAUUGUGGAGCUGGAGAGUGUUCACCAGUCAGCCCCAUUUAAACAGGUAACUGCUCUUAAUGUUGUGGAUGGUCAGCGUACUUGUUAUCUGUCUUAUUGGUUGACUGAACCUCUGGUUAGAUAUCAGUGGUUAUUGUGGGGAUCUCAAUUCAAAUUAUAAUUCUUUUUUUAUAUGAUAUGAUUAAAUUGAGGCAAGGAGUCUCUAAUGUGAGUAAAUUGAUGAAUGUGGUUAUCCAGCUUAGUUAAAAAAAUAAAUAAAGAUUUUACUGAAGUUGUAGCUGUAUGCUUCAACCGCUGAAUUGAGUUUAAAACUCUUAAAAAAAAGUUGCAAAUGUAAACAAAGACCAAUAGUCAUGAGAGGGUUUAAACUUAGACAUUAGAGUCGUAAUUCUUGUGGUGUAUAAGACAAAAAAAAUUAACUAGUAAGUUUCAAUAAUUGAAAUAGUAAGUGCUUUACUUUCAAUAUCUGUCAGCAUUGGGUGGUGGCUGGUAGGCAAAUUGCUUUUAUGGUGUCAUGAGUGAUAAUUACAUUUUUCUCUUAUGUUUUCUAUCAUAGCAUCCAGUGUUAUCUGCUGGUUUAUAAAAAGUAUUUUUUUAAUAGGGUUACUUUUAAUCUGGUUAUGAAAUAAGGAUUCCUUGGAUUUGGAUGGGUUAAGUGAAUAAUUUCUGUCUGAUUUAAUUCAGUCUUUUUCAUAUCUGCAUUGUGGUAUCUGAAACUAUAUUGACACUAUUCAUGGGUGAGGGCAUGGCGCAACGAAGUACCCAUAUGUUGGUGUAAAUACAAAUCUAUGACUGUACUAACAUGCUGUACAUACUGUAGCAUAUGUGGUGUCUUGAAAAUCACCUCACCAGGACAAGCACAGUUCACAUUAGACGUUACUGUACCUCUUUGUGUCUUACACAGCCUGUUGCAUGUACCAGUCCACUCUGCUGUUGAAACACAAGUACUGUAGUCACACAAGUCAGCUGCUGGGGUAACACUGAAAUAAACACCACGUUGUGGAUAAUCGAGGAGGGGUCUGUCUGAUCUCACACCAGAUUCGCCACAUGACCCGAUGCCACCAGACUGAUGGUAAUCAUUACAAUCGUUAAAUUCCUAAUCACUUGAGUUCUGUGCAAACACAUGACACACAUGAAAGUGUUUCAUCCGUAUGACGCUUUAAUGUGACAACUUCUCCUCCAUUUCAAACAGCCCGAUGUGUGUGAUGUCAGGGCGAAGUGUGUACUGUAGAAAAUGAUGUGUUCUCUUAGUCACAAUAAACUCCUAAACAUGUGA